AUGGGAUAGAACAGUUCUAAGGAAAAGAAUUCAAAUGCUCCUAAUGGUCAGAUUUCGAAUUUCUAAAGUCAUAUACAAAUCACUAGAGAUCCAGUAACUGGGAAAUUGUUGGGUGUUCCUAAAGAAUGGGCAGAUUUGAACGGGCUCAAACUUGAAAUAGACAAAAACAAAACAGUGGAGACUAAGAAUCUACCUAGUUCAGUUUAACCAUCAGAACUUCCAGAGGCAAUUCUUGAUUUGAUCAAUGAACCUAUAAUGAGUGCACCUUUUAAUUUGCAACACAAAAUUCAUAUCGAAAUAGAUCCAACUGCAUAACUGGGUCUCAAGGGUCUUCCCCCUGAGUGGAUUGAAAAGCUCUAGAAAGCUGAUCUCUAAAAAGCGGAUAUUGAGUAAAACCCUUAAGUGAUGAUAUAAAUCAUAUCAAAUUAUGAGGAUGGAGUCUAUAGACAAACCAAGUUGACAUUACCAACAAAUGACGAAUUCAUUUAACAAGUGAUGGAUAUUAAAUUCAUAGAAUAAGAUCCAUCCAUAUUGUAUAAGUUUACAGAAUAGUUGGGGAAGGGGGCCAUGUGUAAAGUCUAUAAGGCAAUACAUAGAAAUACAAAUGAUGAAGUCGCAGUAAGAGUGAUGAAAAUAGGUAACGAUAUGCAGAGAAUCAAAGUGGAAAUAGCAUUAAUGAAAAUGUGUGCAAAUUAAAAUAUUGUCAAAUAUUAUGACUCAUUUAUAUACCAAUCAUGUUUAUUCAUGGUUGUAGAAUAUUUAGAUGGUGGAUGUUUGACGGAAAUAAUAUAUUAGAACUUUAAAUAAAUGAAGGAACCUGAAAUUGCUUACAUAUGUGGGGAGAUUCUAUCAGGUCUCGAUUACAUGCACAAAAAGAAAAAGAUCCAUAGAGAUUUGAAGAGUGACAAUAUUCUGAUGAAUAAGAAAGGGGAAAUCAAGAUUGCUGACUUUGGAUUUGCAACUCAGCUGACAGCAGAGAGGCAGCAUCGCAAAUCCGUUGUAGGUACUCCUGCUUGGAUGUCUCCUGAGUUGAUAUUGAAAUAAGAUUAUGAUGAAAAAGUAGAUAUCUGGAGUGUGGGAAUCAUUGCAAUUGAAUUGGCCCAAGGUGAACCACCUUAUUUAAGAGUGCCUCCAUUGAAAGCCAUGUAUUCAAUUACUGCUAAUGACCCACCACGGUUGCCUAUUAAAUUCUCUAAAUAAUUCUCAGAAUUUAUUGAGAAAGUCUUAGACAAGAAUUCGAAAACAAGAUUGACAGCUGAGCAAGCUCUCCAAUUGCCAUUCUUCAAAAAUAGAAACAAGGAAGGAGUGCUACAAAUGAUACUCAAUAAGAAAAACAUUCCAUUAAAUGAAUUAAUUAAGCAGGCUCCAAAAUGA